AUGCUGAAUUCUAAAAGGCUUGUAUAUGAGGACUAUAACAUUCCUUGCCAGCAGAUGGCUACAUACCUUCUGGGUAAAAUUUUGGUUAGAAAGUUGGAAAACAAUCAAAUUCUAAAAGGCAAAAUAGUUGAAACAGAAUGUUACUUGGGAGGCGAAGACAAAGCCUCUCAUUCCUAUAACAACAAAAAAACCCCUAGAAAUGAGCCAAUGUUUAUGUCACCUGGAACAUGCUAUGUUUACAUGACUUAUGGUAUGUAUUAUUGCUUGAAUAUAUCCAGUCAAGAACCUGGUGCAGCUGUUUUAAUACGGGCUGUGGAACCACUUGAGGGUGUCAACAUUAUGAAGCAGUUUCGAUUAGAGAAGAAGAAAAAAAUUAUAAACAAAUCACAAGAGUUAUGCAAUGGGCCAAGCAAAUUGUGUAUAUCAUUUAACAUUAGCAAAGAAAAUAACAAAGUGGAUUUUUGUAAUAAUAAUAAUUUGUGGAUUGAAGAUCCUGAUCAUGAAGAGGAAUUUAAAGUACUUAAAACAGCAAGAAUAGGAAUUGCCUCAGCUGGUGAAGAAUGUGCAGGAAAAAAGUUGAGAUUUUAUCUUAUGGGGAAUACAAGUGGUAUCGACAUAAACCAUAAACACGACCGUAAGGUUAGGCGCACAGAACCCAAAAGUCAAGAUGUAUAUCUUCGACUUUUAGUUAAGUUGUACCGUUAUUUGGCACGUCGUACCGACGCCAAAUUCAACAAGAUCAUCCUGAAGAGAUUGUUUAUGAGCAGGAUCUACAGACCACCAAUCUCUUUAGCAAGAAUUGUACGUUUGAUGAAAAAACCUGGACGCGAAGGUUUAACUGCAGUUGUUGUUGGAACUGUAACUGACGACUCCAGAAUUUUCGAAUGCCCAAAACUCUCCAUUUGCGCUUUGAGAGUCAGCCAAUCUGCUCGUGCAAGAAUUCUUAAAGCUGGUGGUGAAAUUUUGACUUUUGAUCAGUUGGCAUUGAAGGCCCCGACUGGCUCAAAGACUGUCUUAUUGCAAGGCAGGCGUAACGCUCGCGAGUCUGUUAAACACUUUGGACUUGCUCCGGGUGUGCCACACAGCAACUCCAAACCAUUGAUUCGUUCCAAGGGUCGUAAGUACGAAAAGGCACGUGGUCGCAGACCAUCAUGCGGUUACAAGAAAUAGAUUAAUGUUAAUGUAUUUUUUUUACUGUUAUUUCUCAUUAUGCUUUUUAAUAAAUUUUGAGGAAUAGCUUAUUACUGAA